AUGGCGACGAUGAAGCGUGAAGAGGAAUUCGACAUCGAUAUUGACGCGCUGCUGGCGGCGGCGAGCGACGACGACGAGCUGGAUGACGUGGACGAUCUCGAGGAGGGCCUGUGGGGCGGACGCAGCCUGGAGGAGAUCCUGAAUGACGUGUCGGAUGACGAUGAUGACGUGGCAGGUGCUGGUGACGAAAACUUGGAAAGUACACCCGAGUUGGGCGUUUCUGUUCAUGAUGCUACAGUUGCAGCAACAGUUCUGCCUUCUAACGGGGAUAGCAAUCUUUCUCUGACCGUGCCUCGUUUAGAGCCUGCCCCUUCUGUAAUAGAGCAGCCGACAGUUCUUCUAGGCCCCUCUUUGGCCGCGUCCAAUGGCUCGUUGCCACGUGGCCCUGGUGGAUCAGGAAGCCCUGGAAGCCCUCAGUCGUUGGACGGUCGAGAUAUGUCGUUCGGGCAGUGGGAAAACGGCGGGAUUAGGUUAAACCAGGGAAAGGUGAUUGAAGCCGCGCAGAAGCCAGACGUAGGCGCGGAAAUCACGGAUUUGAAGGGAGGGAAUUCAAUUUUUGUUUCGUUUGAAACCAUACUGAGACCGCCUAAUGGUGAAGAUGAGCUGUUGGACGAUGGGGGCAGGAGAGAGAAGCAGCCAGGGGAGGCGGAAACAGGUGAAGAGGGGGAGGAGGGCGAGGGCAUGCAGUGUGAUGUGCGGGAGCCGUCUUUCGGGCAGUGGAAGGGGAGUGAUAAUAAAGGGAGUGUCAUUAAGGGGAGUGACAGUAAGGAGAUUGUCAUGAAGGGGAGUGACAGUAUGGGAGCAGCAGCGCUGGCGGGUGAGUUUCAGAGCCUUCAGAGCUUCUGGGUUGGCCCACUUCCUUUUACUCCGUCUGCCUCUGCUACUUCUGCUGCUGCUGCUAGUGCUUCUGUUGAUGGCGCUGCUGCUGCCUCUGCUGCUGCUGCUGCUGCUGCUGCUGCUGUUACUGCCUCUGCUGCUGUUACUGCCUCUGGCGUUGCUGGGGAGGAAGAGGAGGGGGGGAAGGAGGGAGAAGGGAGGGAUGAGCUGGCAGCGAUGGAAGAGACGGAGAGGCUGCAGCUGCUGGUUGGGUGGAGAACGAGUGAGGAAGGGCAGGACGGGCAGGAUGGGGUGGUGAAGGAUGGAAGGUCAGGCGAGGGCAGAAACGCCACAGCAGCAGCAGAAUCAGGAGCAGCGGUGACAGAACCGCCAAGGGGGUUACCUUCUAGUGCUGAAAUGGCUACAACAAAACCAGCAGCACCAUCAACAGCAGCAGCAACAACAGCAGAAGCAGAAGGCAAAAAGGGGGCAACUAUUGUGGAUCAUUCAUCGGUCCCGCUCGCCCCAAUCCGCUUCGAGGGCAUUGAGAGAGGCCCGCCCGCCGUGGGCCUACUAGAAGUAGACGCCGUGCCGCCCCUCUGCGCUGAGCUGGCACCUGCUGACGUCGCGCCCGACCGAACCGACCCAGCUGGUCCGGCGCAACCCGAACCAGGGUCCCAAACCAACCGGCGGUCCGCCACAGCUGUAGCAGUGCAUGAGCUGCUUGUUGCUGUGGGGACGGCAGGAGGAAAGGUGCUUCUCAUGCCAGUUGUGCAAGGUUCCCCCCACCCCCAUCAGCUCUCCCCUGCUCCCGCCCGGAUCACAGAGCUCAUCCCCCCUCUUUCCGCCUUUGCCAGUUCCCCAAUGCGGCACGGAGGGACGGCGGUGUCUGUGCUGGCGUUCUCCCCUGCAGCUGAUCUGCUAGCAGCAGGGCUCGCAUCCGGGGCUGUGGUGGUGUGGGAGCAUACUGCUGCUGUUGUGCAUGCUGGCUUCGCUGCAUCGGGAUCUCCUAUAUCCACUAGUGGUUCUGGUGCUGCUGCUGGUGGUGCGAGUGGUGGUGGUGGUGGUGCUGCUGCUGCUGCUGCCACCGGCCCUGGGCAACGGGGAAGCGGGGGAGGAGGAAGAGGCGGGGAGGGAAGAGGAGGAGGAGGAGAAAGCAUGGGGAGUGAUUUUGGAGCGGGGCUGGUGAGUGGAGCGACGAGCCUGAUGAGUGGAGCAGCAGGGGGGCUGAUGGGGGGAGCGGCAGGGAGGAGCUACGAGGUGGUGACGGGGGAUGCGAUGGAGUAUGUGGUGCUGCACUCAGUGACUUACCUGCCCUUCCUCCGCACCAUGAACGUCACUUCCAGGAAGGUAAGUGGUUCUCUAGACGAGCCUCGUAAAUGGAUGGCUCAUGGGUGUGCUUUGCAGUAUGUGGUGCUGCGAUCUGUGACCUACCUGCCCUUCCUCCGCACCAUGAAUGUCACUUCCAGGAAGAGUGGCAGGGAGGAGCUACGAGGUGGUGAAGGGGGAUGCGAUGGAGUAUGUGGUGCUGCACUCAGUCACCUACCUGUCCUUCCUGCGCACCAUGAAUGUCACUUCCAGGUAGUCUCCUCUUUCCUGCCUCUCCCGUCACCUGCUCUUCCCCCCCUGUCUGUCCAGAUUGGCGGUCGCUGUCUGUUGCUCUCCGCAUGGUUACCAGGUCCCAUCCACCCUUCCCAGCCUGCCUCCACUAGCUCCAACCUAGCCUCCCAAGCCUGCCAGCCAGGUUCGGCAGGGCCGGCGCAGCAGAGUGGGCUCCCAGGCGCGGGAAAGAGCAUUGGUGUGGCAGCAGAGGCAAGGCAAGUGAGUCCCCCUCCUCCCACGCCCCUGGUGCUCCCUCGCUCUUCUGCUAGUACCGGCACUGGCGGCAGUGGUGGCAGCAGCAUGGCCACCCGUGGCAAUGCCAGCAUGAGCAGCAGAAGCAGCGAGGGCGGGCGAGCAAGUGUGGGUGGCGAGGCAGGGUCUGAUGGUGGUGUGGGGGGGACAGGGGAGGGUAGCAGGGGUGCGGAGAGGGCUGGUAGUGGUGGGAGUGGGAGAGGAGGGGCAGAGAGAAGGAUACGGGGAGGGAGGGUUUAUUCAGCAGCUUCGGCGUCACCCCGCUCAUCCCCACCACCACCAUCGGCAGCAGGAGCUGGAGCAGCAGCGGGAGGAGCAGGGGCGGGAGCAGGAGGGGGAGCAGCAGGAGGGGGGGGAGCAGGGGCACGGGGGCCGUGGGUGCAGGAGAAGGGCACGGGUUAUGGGGCGCUCAUGAUUGGAAAACCUAGCUGCAUGGAGGUGAUUCACCGCUGGGACGUGCACUCCACUGUCGCUGGCCUAGCAUGGUUAGACCACCAGAUUCUCCUCAUCCUCACGGCCUCGGAGCACUUUUGUCUUUUCUCGCUGGGCGGCCAGCCAAUCAAGCGUCAGCCCUUGCUACACUACGACUCAGACUCGGAUUACAGCAGCUACAGUGCCGCCGGCCACGGCCGUUUCGGCCUGGUCUUCCACCCCUUUUUGUCUCGUAGCGGCCGCCCGAUCCCCUCCUUCCAGAACAGCGUCGCCGCCUGGAGCAGCGGAGCGGCGGCAUUUGUCCUCUUGCAAGGGGGCGGCAUGGUGGUGCGGGCACACUUACUAUCCUGGAAGGAGAGAAUCAAAUCUCUGGAAGCGGCCGGUGACUGGAUGAAUGCGCUGCACACUGCAAUGGAGAUCUACCAAGGGCGGGCGGUGGGCGUAACAGGGUUACCAUGUGACCCGGAGGAGCUAGCAGCAGAAAUGGGGGCUCUCCUCUUAGCAUACAUAGAGCAGGUUUUCUCGUACUUAAAGCAGAGUGCGGCAGCGCUUACCCCGGCGGUUCUAAGCCCGGCGGUUCUAAGCCCAGCGGUUCUAAGCCCCGUAGCGCUCAGUCCUGUGAAUGCGAGUCCUGAAUUGUCACCCCGCCACCCAAGCUCGUCUGGGAAUCAUUCCAGUGCAUUUGUAGCUGAGGGUUCCGACUCCGCAAGAGCAGCAGCAGUGGCGGCGACGGCAGAGGCAUCGGCGGGAGGGGAGCAGAGGGAGGAGUACGUGCGGGUGGGCGGGGUGGCAAUAGAGUUUUGCAUCCGCGUGCACCAGCUGCCUCUGCUGUUUGGGGCUGUGUUUGACAAAUUCACUCAAAGGGGGCAGCGAGGCAUCUUCCUGGAGCUGCUAGAGCCCUACAUCCUCACGGACCACCUCAGCACGCUUCCCCCAGAGGUGAUGCAAGCGCUGGUGGAGCAUUACAGUGAGAGGGGGUGGCUGUCGCGCGUGCAGCAGUGUGUGUUGCAUAUGGACAUCGCGUCACUUGAUAUCAACCAGGUGGUGCGCCUGUGUCGCCAGCAUAGCCUGCACUCAGCCCUCAUCUACCUCUUCACGCGCGCCCUCGCGGAUUUCGUCUCGCCAGCCCAGCAGCUCCUCUCCACCCUCCUCGCUGCCACCUCCUCUGAAGCUCACAGAAGUGGUUCCGGUGGGGAGAGGAGCCGGGACAAGCAGCGGCCAUGUGACUUCUAUGACUGGACAAGGAGAGGGUUUUGUGGAGAAGUAUUUUCCCGUCUCCCCAUGGCCCAUCGCUCUGCACCUCUCUCCCAUCUCCCCGUUGCCAACUCCCUCUUGCGAAAUCUUUUGUCCCUGCGUGUUUCCCUCUUUCACCACAUCCCCAGCUACCGCCUGCUGCUCUUCCUCAAGCUCACCUUUUCCGGCCUCAACUUCCCUCCAGGUGGAGCUUAUAACGAGGAUGCUACUGUAGAUCCGGCAGCUGGCGGUAGACUUGUCUAUACUUUACUCGAAAUUGUGCGCUCCUGGUGCGAGGCUGCCAACGCAAUAAGGAGUAACGAGGACUCCAAUAAGGGAGCAAACGACACAGUAGCUGUACGUUUGGAUGCAGGCUCGGAGCAAGGCUCGGAUGUAGGUCUGGGGCUAGGCUUGGGCCUAGACAGGCUCGGGGAUGCAGCAGGCAGGGUGCUAGAGUUGGUGGCAGAGGCAGCAGCAGCAGGGAGAGUGGAGCUUGACCGAACUUCCCUCAACACCAUCUUCGUUUAUCUCACAUCCUCUACUGUCACAUUUGAUCUGCACGCCCUGCCCACUGCCUCUGCCACUGCUGCUGAUGCCGCUGCUGGUGCCGCUGCCGCUGCUGGUGCUGGUGCCGGCGCUGGUGCUGGUGCUGGUGCUGGUGCUGGUGCUGGUGCUGGUGCUGGUGCCAGUUCUCCUGCUGCGAUUAAGGGAUCUGUACAGAAGCAGAAGUCGUCCUCCUCUCCCUCUUCCACCGUCGCCCGCCCCACCCUGGCUCUCCCCUCCCCCUCUGUGAGGCGGGCUCAGAGGGAGCAGCGGAUGGAGGGGCUGGUGAUGGCUCUGCCUGACUCCUGCGGUGUGGAUUUCAACGCUCUCCUGCCCCUGGCGCUGCAAGCCGGAUUCCACCAGGUGUGUGCGCGUCUGUUCAUGCGAGCACACGGCAUGCAGGGCAUACAGCAAGCGCUCUCCUCGCUGCUCACAGACACCCACCACCCCGACACGCCCUUCCGCCUCAUCCAAAAGGCCGCCCUCGCUCUCACCCGUAGGCACGGGACAGUGGGUGGAGGAGGAGAGGAAGAGGGUGGUGGUUCUGCAUCUGCCCUCACCCGUAGGCACGGGGCGGUGGGCGGGGAGGAGGGUGCUGCGCUGCGAUUGGCCGUCCGGCGCCACCUGGCGCAGCUGGUGCGGCUGGACGGCGGCACUUGUCUGUAUGUGGCGCUGGGGCUGCUGCGGCUGGAUUUAGAUUUGAUUCCCCGUCAGCCUGCCCCACUGCCAGUGCCCUUUUCGUCUCACCUUAAUCCUGCCUUGAAUUUUCCCAACCGUCUUCUCUCUACCCCCCCACAGGUGCGAGUGCUGCUAGCCAUACAGCAUGAGGCGCUGGCUCUCUGUGCGCGCAGCACCAGCAGGCUGCCGCACUGGCAGUGCCGCGCCAUGUGGCGAACGCUGCUGGACUGCUUUCUCCUCCCUCUCAGAGCCCUCCCCAUCCCAUCUGCGCCACCAGCCAUCCCACCAGUACACCCCUCCCCAUCACACACACUCCCCAACCGCUGGCACUCACUGUACUCACACCUCCUUAGAGUCACAGGGGCAUUUGACGCAGCAGCGGCAGGCAGGAACAGGUUGCAGUCCCCAGCAGGUGAUUCCUCAGGUGAAUUUUCAGAGUGCUUGCAGCGCCGCCACCACGACAGCUUCUUCUUCCCUCCUGCUCACCAAUGCCCUGCCUGCGGCGCCUCUGCCACCCGCCUUGUCCCCUCGCACCUCUCCUCUGUUGCUGUUCCUCCUCCUGCCAAUGCCGCCUCUUCUGCUGCUCAUGCUGCCUCUUCUGCUGCUCUAGCAGUGCGUGGGAACAGUGGCUUGGCUGCUUCGCUGCUGGAGGCUCCAGAGGAGAGGGAUGGGGCGAGGGGAGGGACAGGGGGGGCACCGGUAGCACCGUCGGCUGUGGCUGGUGGGACGUCUGCCGCCACAUCCUCUUUAUCGUCGUCCUCGAUAAGCGCAAGG